AUGGGAGUUUGUUAUUCCACCCACAACUCUGCAGAUUGCUGUUGUGACGAUCCAUGUUGUGGUCCAAUUUGCGAUUGCUGUUGUGAUAGAAGUAGAAUAUAUCCUUGGGGUCCAAGAGGGCUGACAGACCUAACAGUCUUUCCACCUCCUGUACUCUAUCCUACCCCGAUCGGUCCAGCGCCAGGUCCCAUAAUCGUCCAACCGACACCCGUCCAGCCGCCACUCGUCUCAUAUCCUUCCACCGUCUCUCAGACGUUCGUGCAGCCAGUCCAAGUUCCCACCUAUCCUCCUCGACCUCAAAUCUCACAGUACACCUCCCCACCUCAGAUACCUCGAUAUCCCUCGCACUCCCAGCAAGGAAGCUACAUUGGUCCUCAGGCGGAACGUCCUGCUCCAAGACCCAGUUCGAGAAGCGAUCGAAGAUACUCAAACGAUCAGUAUCCCCACCAUCAUCGAGAUAGGAGAUACUCAUUGGAAGAAAGGGUGAUAGCUGGCCAUUCACCCAGAAUAGACCCUAGGAGAGCGUUAACUCCUGAACCUCAAAACCACUAUAGACCUAGAAAUCAUAGAUCUGCAAGUACUUCUCGCCGUAUACCUGAGCGUCAGUAUCACAAUCAUCAAGCGGUAUUUGAAGAAGAAGGUACAAGCAGCUCUUCAGCCGAAGAACGGACGACAAGAUACGUGAGACCAAGUCACAGACGAGCAGCUAGUACUUCAGCUCAACGACAACAGCAGUAUCUCUCGGAGCUCGCCCAAGAGAGGAUACCUGACCCUCCUAGAAGGUCGUUCGAUCAUUCCUCACGAGAUUAUCUAGUAGAUAUCGAUCACCUUCAUCCGCAUAGUCAUCAGCUUAAAUCUUCUAGUAUAGCUUCUAAUCGACCAUCAAUCAGAGGCCACGGUAGAACACCUUCGACUGAUCACCUCAUGGUCCCAGAAAGAUUAGAUACUUUACCACAGAGAAAGAGAAAGGAAUCGUUAGAUACUCUACGUAAUCAUCCUGUAUCGGAACACAACCCUACAAUCGCCCAUUCACGCAAUCACCAUCAACCUUCUCCCACUCUAUCAAGGGACACUAAAACGCCUACCCCACGCCAAAAUGAGCUACACACAUAUGGUCAGCAAGAACAACAGCAGAAAAACGAAAUCAAACCCUCUACAACCAAAGGAAAGGUUUAUCACACACCUAAACCCAUCUCGAAGGAACUACCUGCAGAAAGUAGAAAAGAACGACACAAUCGUGUUCGUAAAUUAUCUUCAAGGGAAGUACUGUAUCCUACACCGGAAGCUGCCAAGGAAGCUUUCAGAGCUGAAAGAGCUAUAAACCCUCCUCCAAAGCAUCGUAGACCACCUACACCAUACACUUCUUCAAGGAGGACAUCGAGUGUGCGUAGGGUGGAAAGUGAUCGAUCGAUCAGAUCUAGGGUAUCAUUCGAUUCUACCAGAUCAAGAAAAUCAAAUAGAUCCAAUAGAUCCAAUAGAUCAACUAGGUCAGGAAGAACAUAUGAUUCCGAUUCCGAUUCGGAUGGUACAAUGGGGAGUAAAUGGGAACCUUCAUUUGGAAGUAACGUAGGAAUUGGACCUGCAGGAGAAGCCAUCGAGGUUAUUGGAUUAGGAAGGAAGAAACCUAGACACCGAACAUUCAAUGCUGGGAUGUUGAAACCCGCUUUGAGAAGCACAUCAAGAUUGAAUUCAAAAGUCGAUUUGAACGAGAAUGUACAGUCAUCAUCGACCAAAAGAGAAAAACCAUUACCUAGUAGACCGAUGUCCUAUGUCGCACCUCUCGUCAAUUCGUUAUCCAAAGUUACCGCUCCGGUUGGAAAGAAAAUCCAAAAGAGAUCUUCACAUCAGCCUACCUUUACAUCUUUUGACCAUAACGAUGAUAACUUGCUGGGAGCUUCAUCCUCUGUCAACCCACUUUCUCGAAGUGUAUCUAGGAAUAAUGGCAAUGAGAAUGGAAUCCGCUCACUCUUUUCAUCACUUUCCCUAGGUCCCAAUUCGAGCACGGCCUCCAGUUCACGACAUGAUAUAGGCGACAGCAACUCAUCUUUAAUUAACAGUGGUGUGGGUAACGAAACCAGAUCUACCUCGAUUGCUCCGUCGUGGGCAUCCAGAAGACACUUGAUCUCACCUGCGGAUGACUUGCAUUCGUACCUUCGUUAUGCAGAGGUUCAGUCCUGGGACAGAUGGCCCCUUACCCCUGCGUCUCAAAAGAGAGGUCUGGGAUUGUGGGGAGGUAGGCGAUCGCUGGGGUUUGACGAGAUGAGCUGGGAAUGGCAUAGACGACUUGGGCUGGCUGAAGAGGCCAGAAUCCAAAGGAGGUUGCUGGGAAGUUGGGAAAUGCAGAGAGGGUGGGAGAAAGGAAUACUUGAUUGGCUUGAUGAGAACGUACCGAAACAUCCUAUUGAUAUGGCUAAUCGAUGGGGCACUCAAAUAUUCGCUCUACCUGCUGAAGGGUUCGAUACCCUCGAAUUCUUCGAUGAAUCGAUAAACCAAGCUGAAGAUUAUAGUUUACUAAGCUGGGUGACCGGAACACUCCUACAAACCGCCGUAUCCACUUUACACAUGUUGCGAUACUCCUCUUCGACGUUUACAUUCCAUCUAAUUCCUUCACCUAGACCACCACAUCUCCCACAUUCCUCCUCACCGCCUACAGCCAGGGGUAAAAACCAUUUCCUGUGGGAAGGCUUCGGUACGAUGGUCUUAGUAAAUAAGAAUAAUGAUAUUGAUCGAGCGAUGAUAUUAGAGAUCAGACCUCCUUCUGUCGUCAACUCGAGCGUUAUGAAAGAGUUCGCCAGAGGUAAGAAUAGUGAGGGUUGGUGGGGAUUUUAUGGAGAUACCUGUGUGGGUGAAGUUGGUCAGGCAAAUUUGCUACAGGCUCAGGUAUAUGACGAUUGUAUACAAAACCAAUGUUAUUUCUUCGCGGUGACAAAUUUGAAGUAUUGGGUAUUUGGUCAAUUUAAUUCCAACUGGUCUCGAUGUACCGUCAGUCCAGUGAUCCACCGUCAAGCUAGAGAUCCAUCUUUGAUGCAGUGUCUUACUGCUUGGGUUGUGAGAUCUGUUGAUGAGCGACCACGAGCUGGCGAAAAUCAUAGCAUCAUGUCAUCUCAGCUACCUACUCCACCCCAAGAGAAUGAACGGGAACGUGGAAGACAUCGAAGAUCACAAUCACGUCCAUUUGAUAUACCCUCUUACUCCGAGAACCUUCGAUCACGAAGAUCCAAUUCCCGAUCUUCAUUCUCCUUACCACCAAAUCCACAAGGAUACGAUUAUUCCGCGCCUGCACCUUACUCUCAACCCAACAUCGGUCCAACACCCGUAUAUCCAAUCACUACGCCCAAUGGCUCGCAGACUGUAUUCCCGGUGAAUAUGAAUAUGAACGUAUCCAGCGAUUAUUCUUAUGGAUUACCAGCUUAUUCUGAUAUUCCCCAUCCUCAUCCUCAAUCUACAAUGUCACCUUCACCUUAUAGUCAACCUACCCCUGGACCAGGAGGGAUGAUGUUUCCUCAAUGGAGUGGAAUGAACGUCAAUGGAACUUCCCGAGCUCUCAGUCCUGCGCCUCCGCCUCAACAUACUGGUACGCCCAUGCCGUACAAUUUCGGUAAUAGUUGGUAUGGUGGUGGAGGAGGCAUGUUCCCUUGGGCAGGGAUGAUGUGA